AUGCCUGCGCAUUGGGACAGGGCAACUUUCACAGUGGUCUUCAGUAUCUAUGAGAAAGAUAGAACUGCUUCGAAGAAAAGCUCAGGGAAGGCGGGGUGUUGCAGCUGCGAAAAUGCUAGUAAUGCUGCCUGUGGCAACUCUGCCACUGCCAGUUGGAUGCUGGGAUUCAUGUUCUGUGUCCAUUUGGUGCCCUUGUUACAAGCUCUCAAGAUUAUGUUCCUGUUGAGAGUUACUGUUGUGGAGAGCUGCGGGAUGUUGUUCCUGUUCUGUUUCUGUGAACCACUGGCAGCAAACCAACCGAAAGCCAUGAGGAGGCUAACUUGCGAGUUUCUGUACGUACUGUGGUCGAGGAACCUUAUCCUGUGUCUGCUUUACCAAGCCAGGGACAGAGCAGGAAGAGAGGAGAUGAUUGGCUGGCUGGGCGCCGAGUACUAG